AUGCCUCUCGGGUAUCCUGAGAAGCGGUUUGCCCAGUGGAAACACGUCUAUGGUGAACUGAUAUUCUUACGGACGUUCAACACUCCGAUGUUGGUCGUGAACUCCGCAAAAGCGGCGCGAGAUCUCCUGGAGAAGCGGAGCGCGAAGUGUUCGGACACGAUCGGUUGGGAUGGAAACAUGGCGCUCAUGCCCAAUGGCCAGCAGUUUCGGAAACAGCGUCGAUGGAUCCAGGCCCCCUUCUCCGACAAGGUGUUUCUCGCUCAGUUCGUACCCGUGCAGACCCGCGAGAUCCGGACUCUCCUCUCUGAACUGCUACACCAUCCCGGCAACUUUCCGAAGCACUUCCAUCGCGUCGUAUCCGCAGAUGACGAGUACCUGCAACUCGUUGACAAAGCCGCCACAGGUAUCAUGGCCGCUUCUGCUCCCAGCACCGCGGUCGUGGACUUCAUACCCUUCUUACAGUAUAUUCCAGCCUGGCUUCCGGGAGCAGGAUGGAAGCGCCUUGCAUUAGAAGCGGGAGCUGCACUGAAGGAGGCAUACGUACGGACGUAUGCGCUUGCGGACACAGACGGCAAAUCGUCGGUCAUACGCACGCUCAUCAAGGAGUACUCGGACAAGGGAGAGCUGGCUACCCAAGCAUACGAGAUUAUGACGAAGACCGUUUUGCAGAGUUUCGUGCUGGCAAUGGUCCUACAUCCGGAGGUCUGCACAAAGGCACAGUACGAGAUGGACCGCGUAGUUGGUCGUGAGAGACUUCCGACGUUUGAUGAUAGGGAUUCACUUCCAUAUCUGGAGUGUGUACUCAAGGGACUUCUCGCACAGUUGGGCUUGUCCCGCCAGGCUAGUUCCCAUGCAUCUAGCGAAGACGAUGAGUAUCGCGGAUACUAUAUCCCAAAGGGCACCGUCGUCAUCCCGAAUCUCUGGCUGGUGCUACGAGACUCGGAAGACUACCCUGAGCCAGACUUGUUCCUCCCUGAACGAUUCUGUGAGCUGUCGAUUGAGGAGUCCGAACGAACGGACCCUCGGAACAUCGUUUUUGGUUACGGGCGAAGGUUGUGCCUUAGAAUUUGUCCCGGUCGCCGCUUUGCGGACACCAGCGUUUGGCUGGCGAUGGCCAAUCUUGUGGCGACCAUGAACAUUGACAAGGCCCGUGAUGACAUGGGCAACGAGAUCACACCACCUGCGGCGUUUGAGUCAGGUUUUACGAGUCCUCCUUCACGCUUUCAGUGCUCAAUCAAGCUGCAGUCGCCGCAAGCUGUGGAGCUAAUAUCUAGUGUUAUGUGA